AAGUAUUGAGACUUCUUUCCGGUAGAGCAAGUCAUCAUACAGGAUCUCUGCCAUGAGCAAUAAGGAGGCUUCACUGAAAGGUUUGUUCCUGGCAGCCCUUCUGGUGUCCAACAUGCUCCUGACAAAAGAAGGAGUGACUUCCUUACCAAUCUGUCCCAAUGGAUCUGUCAAUUGCCAAGUUUCCCUUGGGGAACUUUUUGACCGAGCAGUUAAACUUUCACACUACAUUCACUUCCUCUCUUCAGAAAUGUUCAAUGAAUUUGAUGAACGCUAUGCUCAGGGCAGAGGUUUUAUUACAAAAGCUGUUAAUGGCUGCCACACUUCCUCCUUAACCACCCCUGAAGAUAAGGAGCAAGCUCAGCAGAUUCAUCAUGAAGACCUGCUGAAUUUAAUACUGGGAGUGCUGCGGUCCUGGAAUGACCCCCUGAUCCAUCUGGCCUCUGAAGUACAAAGAAUCAAAGAAGCUCCAGAUACCAUCCUCUGGAAGGCUGUAGAGAUCGAAGAGCAAAACAAGCGUCUUCUAGAAGGAAUGGAGAAAAUAGUAGGGCGGGUUCAUUCUGGUGAGAUUGGAAAUGAAAUUUACUCUCCAUGGGAAGGCCUUCCUUCCCUGCAACUCGAUGAUGAGGACUCCAGACUCUUUGCCUUUUACAACUUGCUGCAUUGCCUCCGCCGAGAUUCCCACAAAAUUGACAACUAUCUCAAAGUUCUGAAGUGCCGCCUAAUACACGAUAGCAAUUGUUAACUACUCAUGGGCCUGAUCACUUACCAAAAUCAUUCAUCAUGAUGUUCUUGUUGCUUUGCCACUUUUCAUUGCAAACUUUAUGAAAAGUCACACUUCACAGUAUCAGAAACAUCAGUACUUUUCAGACAUGUUAGUGUAAAUUCUGGCUACAACAAUUAGGAUCAUUUAUCUUGGUGUUUAAAAUGUUAUAAAUACUUGUAUGACAAGAAUACACUUUUGUGUCUAAUCUCCUCACCUGGUAGAAUUUCAGUGGUAAUCAGAUAAUGUAGAUAAAAAAAAAAA